GAAAAAAGUGGACUUGUGAGCCUUUAUGUACUUCUGAAUUUGUUGAUUUAAGAACUGUUUAAUGUGUACCGAUAGAAAUCUUUUCAUAUUUAUAAUAAAUUAGUUUACAUUAUUAUUUUAGAUUAUAGUAUAUUAUAUUAAACUUCUAACAAGUAAUAAUUAUAAUUUUUUAAAAACAAAUUUGUUUUAUGUUAACAUUCUUCAUCGUAUUAAUUACGUAUUAAAACAAUGAUCUCAACAGUGUUAUUUAAAAAACAAAAACAUUUAGUGCAAAUGACACUUGGCUGUUGUGAUCUAUGUGUUAAAUUACAAUAUAACCAUUUAAAUAAUUACAAUAGUACAUGUAAUAUAACUACUUUUACUCCAACAUUUGCAUUACCACCAGGUAGUACCAUGGACAUUUUUGAUAGAAAUGCUAAAUUGUUACAAAGAGAACGCGCUGCCAAUUCUCCUGAUGCUAAUGUAUAUGAUUACCUUAAAGAUGAAGUAGGAUACAGAUUAGCAGACAGAAUAUUUGAUAUAAAAAGAACUUUUAAGAAAGCCUUAGAUUUUGGUUGUGGACGUGGUCAUGUAUCUAAAAAUAUUUUUAAAGAAUCCGUAGAAGAAUUAAUUCUAACUGACAUGUGUCAAACUGCAUUGCACCAAGCUAAAACUAAUGAAGGAAUUAAAGUUGAAAGAAAAAUCAUUGAUGAAGAAGAAUUAAUAUAUGAACCGGACAGUUUAGACAUGGUUAUAAGUUGUCUUAGUCUUCAUUGGGUAAAUGACUUGCCUGGAUGCUUUAAAAGUAUUAAUAAUUGUUUAAAACAGGACGGAGUGUUCAUGGCUGCAAUAUUUGGUGGAGAAACAUUAUAUGAAUUAAGAGGUUCUUUACAAUUGGCAGAAUUAGAAAGAGAAGGAGGAAUUUCUCCACAUGUAUCUCCUUUCACAGAGAUCAGAGAUAUCGGAUCUUUAUUAAUGAGAGCUAAUUUUACUAUGCUGACUAUUGACACUGAUGAAAUAGUAAUAGGAUAUCCUUCCAUGUUUGAACUAAUGUGGGAUUUAAAAGGUAUGGCGGAAAACAAUGCUUCAAAAAAUCGCAAACUUCAUUUAAAUCGUGACACUUUAAUGGCAGCUGCUGCAAUAUACAAUGAGUUAUAUGGAAAAAUAAGAGACGAUGGAACUCCUUAUAUACCUAGUACAUUUCAAAUUAUUUAUUUAUUAGGGUGGAAACCACAUCCAUCACAACCUAAACCUCUUGAACGAGGUACCGGUCAGGUAUCUCUUAAAGAUCUACACAAACUUGAUGAAAUAAUUAGGAAUAAUACAAAGAUAAAAGUAGAUGAAGAUAAAUAAAUUUGUAUAAAUAAAAAUGU